AUGGGUGCAGUGGAUCUCUGUGAGCGCCGCGGUGAUGACCCUCUUCACCAAAGGUCAGAUACGAAGCUUACUCCUGUGCGGAAACGCAUCAUCAUCUGUUGUGAUGGCACAUGGCAGUCUGCUGUUUCAGGAGAGAAAAACGUCCCAUCCAAUGUCACCCGACUGUGCCGCACGUUGAAUCCGGUUGGAACCGACAAAGAUGGUAAUCAAUGGCAGCAGGUUGUCUGGUACGAUUCUGGAGUUGGUACAACUGCGCUUGCCCUGGGUGAUGCCAUUGAAGGAGCGACCGGAGUAGGGAUGGAAACGAACGUCAUUGAAGCCUACAAUUUUGCCGUCCUCAACUACAAUCCCGGCGACAAAAUCAUGUGCUUUGGGUUUUCGAGAGGGGCUUACACCGCUAGGACCAUUGCUGGACUCAUCUCCGACAUUGGGAUAUGUCAAAAGAGCGAUCUCAACAAGUUUCCGGAUCUGUGGGCGGUCUACAAAAAGGUCAAGCAUGGAAAGCGGUUCCACCGCAGUGAUCUAUGGUUCGACUGGAUGUGGGGCAAGGCCGAUGAACAUCAAGGCGCCGGCGACCAGGACCAUCGAGAGUUUGUCUAUGAGAAGCCUCCCCAGGGCGACUGGGCUCAGGAGGGGUCCCGCGAGGUGGAAGUGGUGGGUGUCUAUGACACCGUGGGUGCACUGGGAAUGCCAGAAGUGCUAGGCAUUAAGCUCCCCUCCUCCCAAGGAUGGCACAACGUUGGCCUAUCGCAUAAUAUCAAAAACGCUUUCCAGUGUUUAGCGUUAGAUGAGAGGCGACAGGCAUUUACACCGACUCUUUGGUAUCUUGACAAGAAGACGGCUACGAGGGAAGAGGUGGAAGCUCGAAUACGCGACGAGGACCGGGCGGAAAAGCUCUACUGGGAGAUCUUGCAGCAGGCCAUGGACCUCAAGGCCGGAGGAACAGCCACCGACGAGGAUGUCAAUUCAGCAGCCCGAGAAGUCAACCAGGCCGCAAGAGCCUGGAAUAGGGCCACCCGCAAGCGAGUGAAAUACCAGAACAGAUUGGAAUUGCACCCAGUUUUGCGGCAAGUCUGGAUGCCCGGAUACCACAUCAAUAUCGGUGGAGGUUCGAAUGACACCUUGAAAGACGAAGGUGAUAUGGAAAACAUGUCCAACAUCACUUUCGCGUGGAUGCUGGAUCAAAUCAAGGGCUAUGUAUCGGUCAACGAGCGGAUUGUUUCUGCGGAACAGGAUGAUCGUGAACGACAUGUCGAAAUGCUCAACAUGAAUAUCAUGAAGGCGGACACCACCAUUGCGGCGGAAAAUGCGAAGUCUUGGGCAAAGUGGAUGUGGGCCACGACAAAAGCCACAGCAUCCGCAAUUAGGCAUCCUUCCAGAACGCAUAAACAGGCUACCCAAGCACGGCUCCGGACCUAUGGCUGGGGGACAGGCCAUAUGACAGACAGCUUCACCAUGAUGUACUGGCUCAACGGACAGAAGAGACGCACACCGGGCGAAUAUGCCAAGGAAUUCGGGAACUCCCUUGGCGAUACUUGCGAGUACAUCCACCCCGUGGUGAAUUUUAGAGUCAAGUGGUUUGAGGAGAUGAACCAAAAGGACCCCUCCCAUCCGUUAUACAAGCCAAUUAACCCGAAGGUCAAGUAUGAACGCCGGAAGGUGGUGGAUAAGGAGGGCAACCCGUUCUUUGAAUACGACAUUGGGGGUUGUCUCAAACCCCUGCCCGAGUGGAAACUGGGAGGAUUGGACUCAUACGAGAGAUUGGUUAUUGCUGGCGACGCGGCAUAUGAUUAUGUGGAUAUCCUGGAUGAGGAGUUGAAAACCGGAAUUCGGACAAUCCGGCGUUCUGCCAUAUCUGCCAAGGACUCUCCAGCUGAAAGUGCUCUGGCGACUGUUUCGGACUAUGCUCUCAACCCGUCAGUUGUGCCAAAGCCUAGUGCUUCAGUUCCAGCAAGCAUGGCGGACGAGACUGUCACCGGGACAUACUGUCGGGAUCCAGAGAGCGAUAUUGAUCUGACGCCGACAUAUCCUCACUCAAAGACUACCGACUCCAAGUCAUUCAGCACGGUGUCUUCUUUGCAGGUUUCUAGUCGAGAGGUAUCUUGA